GGGAAACGCGAUGCCAGCAAGCCUCGGGAUGCAGGGACGUCCAGCUCGGCUCCAGGCUGGCAGAGGAGGAGGAAGACAGCCGGGAGGAGGAUACAGGCGCCCUCUGUGUGGGCCAGGGCACUCCUCCACCGAGCUGAAACCAGAGAAAUCCAGCCCAAGGGAAGCGCUCACCCCGCUCAGCCCCAGCACAGGAGCGAAACCUGCCGUCCUGCUUCCCAACCGUCGGCACGCAGCCCCAGAGACAGGGAAACGGAGGCAGGGAACAGCCUGGAAUAGCUGGGAUCCCACACGGUGCGGGGCUCCGAUGCCAGCGGGUCCCACAGCCUGCCAGCCCCCACCUCGGUGCCGCAGGAGCCGUCCCACGAAGCGCUCCGUCCCCCCCGGGGGCCCCGCGGCCGCUCAGUGCCAUGACCUUCCCAUGGCCUGCAGCAAGAUGGCUCCGAAGAAAGGCAGGAAACCCGGGGCCGGGGAGCCAGGAAGCAGGGACCCGCCAGCCCUGCUCUGCUGGGCGGCGUCAGGGAGGCUCAAGGCAGCGGGGUUUGCCCCCAGGGACCCGACUGGCUUGCGGAUGUGGGGCUGGGGGUCCCACCUGGCACAGUACCCACUGCAGAAAGGCUGCAGGCGUCUGCAAACAGAGGCUGGCUGCUGCUUGAGGAGAGCUGGAAAAGGGGCAAAGGGUCUUUUUGACCCAGCCCAGACAGGCAGCAGGGCAGGGAGCAGCAAUUCCCGGCACACGCAGCGCCCCAAGCUGUGCCAGCUUCUCACAGAUCUCCAUUUCUACCAUACAGAAGAACUCUUGAUUUUAUCAGAACCUCCGGCAUCGAGGCCGAGGCCAGACAGCGCACUCACAUCCCCACCAGCAUCGGCAGCUCACCGCUCCCAGACCCAACUGCCACAGCCCCAAAGCCCACCUCAGGAAUCACAGCCUCCUGCCCAGGGGCCACAGAGCACCGAAGGCAAACCGAGACGUGCGCAGCCCCACGGAAUCGGGUCCUGCAGCCCCCGAGCAGCACCCAGCAGCCUUUCCUCUCGCCAGACCGGCUGGCAAAACGCUCCCAGCCCUGCAGCAGAGCGGCUCCUCACGACUGGAAGCCGGGGCUCGGCCAGAUCCUGCUAUGUGCAGGACAGGGGGACACUGCGUGCUUCCAGGUGACCUCGUGCACAGCCCAGGGGAUGAGGAGCGGAGUGGGGAUGCAGCACAGCAAAUUGAAAGCUGUGCCCAGCGCUCUGCUUUGGAGGAUCCUGCGUUUCCCCGGGCUCUGCUCGCAGCCCUGCCGUCCUCCCAGGAAACACAAAGCAGGAGCUGAGUCAGAGAGCUGGAACACACGAGCGGUUUGGCAAGAAGUCACGGCGAGGCGCAGGCAGGCACAGGGGCUGCCACACGUACGCAGCUUGUCGGCACACGGAGGGCAGGAGACCCCCGAAUCCCAACACGGGCAGACGGAGCCCUUGCCGUGCCCUGUCCUCCUGCAGCACGGCGGGGAGAGCAAAGAGAAAGGCCGAGAGCCAGCCACGAGCUGGAUUUUCCCCUAAACACCACUACAACGUCACACGGCGUCUGUGUGCAACCUCUCUGAACUUCCCAGCAGCCUUGUUGGAAUAGGGGAGGCCUGGAAUUGAGGCUGGGCCCCGGUGGUGAAGGGGGAAGGGAGGCAGGAUCCGCCACCGAAGCCACCUAGCCCUUCCACCGAAGUCCCGAGCGCUGGCCGGCCUUACCACGUACUCCAUCGCCGGCGGAGGGCAGGGAACAAACAUUCAGCCCCUCUGGUCUGGCAGCCCGACCUGCGGUUCAGGGACAAACAGCGAGUUAGCCAGCCCUGCUGCAGGCAGAGCUGCUUCUCACUGACCGCAGGCAGAUGGGGGGGCAGAGAGAGACCCGGGGAAACCUCCUCCUCGACGGCCCUGUCAUGGGAAGGAUGGUGCCGGGAUGCUCUGGGAGCACGGGGACAAGAUGGGGGGGACGAGGUUGGCUCUGCUCACAUCUUGCCUGCAGGCAAAUGGUGUCGGCAGCCAACUGUUGGCAGUGCCCCCGAAGCAAAAGGACCUCGUUUACGGUCACUCUGUGACCUCAAAUAAACGCUCUGCCCUGUAGCUGUCAGGACCCAAAAAUAGAGGGCACAAAAGGAGAGGGAGAAGAAGUGCUGAGACAUGGAGGAGUGCCCCAUUCCUGCCCACACCGCCCCCCAGGCUGGCACCUACUGCAAAAGGACGCACAAAGUCCCCAGGGAGGAGCCAGGAUGUGGCCAUAGGAGCGUGUGAAACGGAUCCUGGUGUUAGGAAGGAACGGUGGAAAGGGGCCACGGAAGGGCAGACGUGAGCAGAGCCAGGAGGGGCAGGAAGCUCUGGGAGAAGGGCAGCGGUGAAAGGAAAACACAGCGAGCAAAGCAGGAGCACAAUGAGCGCCCCUGCCCUCCCCAGCCAGCCCUGCGCCGCUCCCACCCUCACCACGGAGCCGUUUGGGGCCGGGCCAGCCAAGCAGAACAGGACAACAAACACGAUUUACUUCCUUGCAGCAAUCAUACGUCCUUAUCUGGGGCCUGCAAAGCCAGCGCCGGAGCCCAGGCGGGCGCUAAUGGGAUUAGCCCGGGGGGCAGUGAGAUAAGAGGGGCCGUUUGGCCGCCGCAGCCCCGUCCUGGGCAGGGCCAGGCAGGCAGCAAUUGCAGAUCACUCACUGCAGAGGAAGCGCAGAAAUGACGAGGCCCUUUGGACUCUGGGGCCGAGGUUAGAGGCAGGGAAAGGAGAACAGCACUGUGCCAAAAGCCAGCAGGAGGAGAAAGGGCUGGGUUUGAACGGCGACGGUGUACGGCCAUAAAACAGCCAGGCUGGAGAGGCACAGGGCAGCACAGGGCCUCACGGUGAGGCUGCAGCGUCAGCAGGGCCACAACCUGACCUCAGCACGGCCUCCUCAGCACCCCUGACGCCCAAGGGUGCUGCUUUGGGCUCUCCCCAUCCUCCAGAAGCCCGUGGCGGGGUUGCAGAGCCACUCGUUCCUCGAUCUUUGUUGUGGCAGUGCCUCAGCUGAACCGUGCAGAGCUCCAGAGCGGGCAAAGCACUGAGAAAUCUGCCCUUUGCACAGCUUUAAUCCUACAGGAAGGAGCGGGGCCACGUUUCCUCAGCCCGUGAGGGACACCCAGUGACCUGGAGAUCUGGGAACGGCCCAGGCCGGAUGGACACACGGACACAGCAAUGCUGCUGUGUGAGGACAAUGGUCUGGAAUGGGGCACUUCCACCUCAGCCAGCUCUGUCCCGGUUACCUGUCCCUUCAAAGGAGGUUGCACACGAGCACGGCCGGUGCUCUGCCCCAAUCGGGGUCGGUCCGUCCCCAUUCUGAGCUCCCCGGUUGCUGUCAGCUCCGGGAACCGGCAACGGUGACACACCGACAGACAGACCUCACACACACCCCCACCAUGGCACCGGGAGCUCCGGGACCUCCGAGCAGCACGGAGGCGAUCAGCGAUUCCCCCACAACCACCGGCAGCGCCCGGCCCCGGUAACACCGGGAACGGGCAGCCCGACGCCACCGCUUCCCCGCUCGGUGACUCCCAUCACCCCACCAUGCGUGGGGACGAGCGGGUCGGGUUCAGCCCAGCAGCCCCGGAAGCUCCGCAGCAGCUCAAAGCCCGGCCCACCCCGCCGAGCCCGGGGCCUACGGAACCACCGGCAGCCCCUCAAGGCCCGGGCCGCUCCCGCAGGCCGUGCAGGCCGCACCGCAGCACCGCACGAGGCCCAACCCAUCCUAGGACGACCCGCACGCUCA